AUGCCUCCAGAGAAGAUUAAGAUCCAUGCAAAAAACAUCGAUGCCGCAGCAGGAGAAAUAUUUGAUGUUUUGGAGGAUACAAGCAAAGGAAACGUUAUCUACUUCAAGGGCUGGAAAGGAUUGGGAGCAUCCGCAGUUCUCAAUCUGGUAGCCCAACGCCUGAAAUCAUCAACAAGAUCGAGCAAGUUUGAUAAGGUUAUCCAUGUGGACUGCUCCGUGUGGAAAAACAUGAGGUCUCUGCAAAAGGCAGUAGCGGAGGAGCUAGAGCUACCGCAGUCCGUGAUGGCCAUCUUCGAUCAGUAUGACGAGGACGACGACUUCAAUGGGAAAGAUGAAGGCUCCAGAGAGGUGAUUGCAGAUAUCAGGAUGGAAAUAUUCAGAAAACUCUAUAACAGUAGAUUUCUGGUGGUUUUCCACAACGGAAGCAGCAGAUACAUUGAUUUGUAUGAGUGUGGUGUCCCAGUAAUAUCACUUUUGGGUAACAAGGUCUUGUGGACCUGGCACGGGAGGUUUCGGAUGAGUCUCAGAUUAGAAGAUGGGGAAAAGGUAAAGAUGAAGAGUCAGAUAGAUGUUCGCUUAUCUGCUUCUUUUCUUGAAUGGAAUGUUGAGAAAAUGAGAUAUAUACUCCAUGAGGAGGCUUUGGAUGUUGCCAAGUGCACUGGGAUUGUUCAGCCCGAUGAUAUGAGCCACAAGAUAGUCAUCGAGUGCCUCAUCAGAUACAGGGCACUGAUUGCUAUAGAUUUGAAUGCCCAUGCACCAAACUAUUGGAUCUGUGAUGGUAUUAUACAGGGCCAAGAUAAUGCAUCAGCAUGGGACAUUGGCAAUUCUCUUCAGAGAAACAUGAGCUUGGAUUCACCUGUUAUAGGAUCUGAUGAGGCUGCAGCUUUUUUGCUACAUGUAUUGAAUGAUUCACAUGUUAACCGCUGGAAUUUCACCACCCACAAAGAACUGCGAAAUGAUAACACUCAUGUGCUGCCUCCACAGGUCACAUCGUUCUUCCUUUCUGCAGAUGAACCACCAACAAAUACAACAUCAAUAUUGCCAGUUGCCAUGUUCCAACAUUCACAAAGCAGCAAGCUACAUGUGUUGUAUUUGUCUCAUUGCACCUUCAGUUUUGCAUCUCCUCCCUUCGUCCAUUGUGUCCAACUAAGAUUGCUCCAUCUGGACCAUUGCACAAAUAUCACAGAAGAUGAUGAGCAUCCAAGCCACAACGAAAACAUGUCAUGUUUCCAGAAGCUGUGGGUGCUGGAUCUGAGGUAUACACACUGGUACUGGCUGCUAUCGGAGAAGAUGAAGAGAUUGAUGGUUGAACUCAGGGAGCUGCAUGUGGAGGGAGUCAAGCAUGGGAGCAUAAGUGACUUGUGUGGCGGUAGACCAAGCCUUGUAAUACUUCGAGUAACAGCAGCAGAUCCGGUCCCUACAAAGAACGAAGACACAAAUAAUCAAGCACAAUUCCCCAAUAUGUCCAGUACAAACAGCCUUACGACAUCUAGCUUCAUCAACGACGUCCUGCCUCUGUCGCUCGAGUCAUUUAGCUUCAUCAACAAAGCUGCAACAUCUGCCAAGAUAUCUAGCAUCUCCUUUCGGGGUUGUUCUCGGUUGAAGAGUAUACAUCUCAUAGGAAAAUUGUGGAGCCUGGAGGAGCUGGACCUCUCGGGAACCGCAGUGAAAACCCUUGACCUCAGUAAAAUGGAAGCUCCAUACCUCAAGCGUCUCAUCCUCCUAGGCUGUGAGAAGCUCUGUGCAAUAUUAUGGCCGCCAGAAGAAGACAUAAUGAAAGCGUCUCCGUAUUGGCUACACCUACACAUCAGCACCAUCCGAUCUCCGCUACUUUGCCACGAUAAUUCAAAAGAAAAGACCACUGAGACUAGUUCUGCUACAAGAUCAUCAUUUAUUCUUCCUGUUGCUGCUGCACAACGAGACAUCUUUUCCAGUAAGUGCAUCUGGUACUUCGCUGUAAGGGAUGCAAGGCUCCUUAGGUCUCUUGAGCCCUUCGGAAAAAGAUUUUACUUGGGAAACAUACAUAUGGAAAUGAAUUCAUCUCCUGCAAGUAGAGUUGCUGUUGACGACAGUGAAGUUGCUAAAGGAAUCGGGAGCCUACGGCAGCCUUAUCGUCAUUUAUAUGCAAGGGAUGUUGAUUUUCAAGGCCACCUGCAGGCUGGUGCUGGUAAUGAAGGCGUGAUUAGCUGGAUAUGGCUUUGCCCACCUCGGUGUACUCCAAGUGCUGAAGACUGGUACGUUCAAGUACAAGAUGAACAGGAGAUGAAGGGGAGAUUACUACAGCAAGAACAGAGCAGCAUUGAAGGAACUACUACUAGUGCUACUUUACCCCCUAGUUUCGUGUAUGAUAGGGCUUACAUGCUUCAUGUGCAUGAUAGCUUAUCCAUCACUUGCAUUCCAUUUCCACAAGGUUCCCUCUGGUUCUACCUCCGAUGGGGCCGUGUCGAGAGGUGCCCCAACCUAUGCUCUGUCUUUGCUACUCCCCAAGUAAGAGAUGGCCAAUCCACCUUUGUGUACUUGUCUACGUUCUGGGCGUCCCAGCUCCCGAAGGCGUGCUACAUAUGGAAUUGGAGUGCAGUAGGUCAACCUGGUAGACAAUCCUUUGAAGACCUAAACUUCUUGCACCUGGACAAUUGCCCCAGACUCAUACAUGUGCUUCCCUUGUCUAAGCAUAUGGACACCCUGCCUAGCCUGGAGACGCUCGAGAUCGUGUGCUGCGGUGCUCUGAAGGAAGUCUUCCCUUUGGACCCCAAGCGCCAAGAGAAGCACAAAAUUAUAAGAUUUCCCAAGCUAAGGAGGAUCCACCUGUACGAGCUGUCCACUCUACACAGCAUCUGUGGGAGCAGGAUGUCCGCACCAAAUUUGGAGACUGUCAAGAUCAGGGGCUGCUGGGCCCUUAGCCGCCUGCCAGCCGUCAGCGGCAGCACUAGCCAUCGGCCCAGGAUGAACUGUGAGAAAGACUGGUGGGACAACCUGAAGUGGGACGGUCUGGAGGCGAACCACGACCCUUCGCUCUAUGAAACACGCCACUCGCGAUACUACAAGAAAGCCCACCUGCCAAGAGGCACCGUGCUCAGGUAA